AAAAGCAUAAAGCUUGACGUCAGCCCGUGGUUCGUCGGUUGUGUUGCUUCCCAGAGUCGGUGAUUUGAAUCGCGCCCCGGCCAGCGAGGGAGGGCGUCGGUGUUUCAGUGCGUGAGAGGGAGGCACACAUAGCAUCCAUCGAGGGUCCUGCCAUCCCAGCGGAGGGGGACUCGGACAACGGCAUCGGUGGUGAGGUGGCCUGUUGACGACGGGCCACCUCUUGUCUGUUGUGCGGGAGUCGAUGGCGCAGUCGCCAUCCACGCGGAAGCAAUGUGACUUCACCAAGCUGUAAGUGAAGCCGGCACACAUGGGAAACACUGUCGGGAGGCAGCCGGGAUGCCACACAGCACAGAGUCAGUUUCGCCUUCACGUGGCUGAGCAGAGAGGCAGCGAGAGCCAGACAGCAUGGUGGCUCACAGUCGGAUGGCUGUGUGCUUGGAGCCUCGCAGAGGCGCAGUGGUGUCUCGUUUGACGCCGCUGGACCGCAGGGAUAAAUUGUUCCUGUCCUGUCUUUCGCCUGUGUGUGUGUGUGUGGUGGUUGUGUGUCAGGAUGAUAGCUGGUUACGAGAUCGACCUGAACAACAGCAAUACGCAGGACUUCUUCGUCACCUUCAGAGGGCCCAAGGAGAGUAAGCAGACCCUCACACCACAGAAAGAGGGAGGCAGAUGUGGGCUCACGUCAUGUGUCUUUUGUGUGUGAAUGGAAUGUGUCUUCAGCUGCGUAUGAGGGUGGGAUAUGGAAGGUUCACGUUGAGCUGCCGGACCAGUACCCUUUUGCGUCGCCAUCCAUCGGAUUCGUCAACAAAAUCCUCCACCCGAACGUUGACGAGGCGUACGCACGCACACCAACAUCUACACAAAGUUGCAUUGCACACUGGUGUGCCCUGUGCUGGCCUGUGGUUGACUUGCAGGUCAGGGUCUGUGUGUCUGGACGUCAUCAACCAGACCUGGACACCACUAUACAGUCAGCUACACACACAACACCAACUACACCGUUCGGCUCUCAUCUGUGAUGGCGUGUGUGUGUGCUUUUGUCUGCACAUCACACACAUCUCUCUGUUUGUAGGUUUGGUGAACAUCUUUGACGUGUUUCUGCCGCAGCUGUUGACGUACCCCAACCCCACCGACCCCCUCAACAGCGAGGCCGCGUCCCUCUACAUGAGGGACAGAAAAAAAUACGAAGACAAAGUCAGAGGUACGGUGCGGUACGCACCUCCACUAUCAAUCAAUCAAUCGCACACACCCACCCACCCACUUCUCUCUCUGUCCCUUUCUUUGGUUGGCCCCUCAGAGUACGUUCGCGAGUACGCCAGCGAGCGCACGUGGCAGAGUUCUUCAUCCCGGCAGGGCUCAUCCAAGGCGUCGUCCAUGUCGACGUCCGCCAACGGCAACCCCUCGCGUGCACACAACGGCCCCAGUGGGACCCCAUCUGGUGCGGCCACGGACAGCAAUGGCGACACGGCCAUGGGUGGGGAGGGAGGGGGAAUGGGCGGCGGGGGCGGGGGCGGCGAUGAUAACGAUGAGGACGACCCCAUGAGUGAGGUCAGUGACCUGUCGCAGGACAACGACGAGGAUGAACUCGACCUCGAGGACUGACACUGACACUGACACAAACGACGGGGGAGCACUCUGCCGGUAGGUCAACACCCACGCAACGCACGCCCCCACAGCACAUGCAUGGGUGGGUUUCUGUGCGUGCGUUGCUCCUGCAUCAGGUUUCCCUUCCCCGCCGUGUGUAUGGUGUCGGUCGGUCGGUCGGUCGGCCGUUGUUUUUGCUCUCUCUUCCUUCCUUGGUGUCUGUCGUUGUCAUCGUUUUUCCGCUAGCCAGCUGCUCCAUUGAUGGGAUGCAUGGAUGGGUGGGUAGAUGGGUGGGUAGAUGGGUGGGUGGGUGGGUGGGUGGAGUGAGGGACAUAUGAAUGGAGGGAGCCAGAAGGAACGACGUGACGUGCCCACACGACGGAACGACGACGGAUUUUUUUCGUUUGUUUCGCUUCGCAUCGCCCCUACUCCUCCCUCUCUCCCUUUCUCCCGUAACCCACAUUCCAUUCCCUGCCUGAUGUGUUACUCAUUCACUCACUCAGCUACUCGCUUAUCGAUCCAUCCAUCCAGCCACAUCCGUGUGUCUGUGUGUCUACACGCGCAUGCGUCCAUGGACGAGCAGACCCGGAGGGAAACGCCCCUCCUCCCCCCUGUGGAUGCACUCUUCCCAUGCCCGUCUGCUUGCUGACUCUCUCUCUCUCUCUCUGUCUCUCCCUCCCUCUCUCUAGUCUAGGCUUUCAAUUCGGCGGCCCUCUAUGUCUGUCUGUCUGUCUAUCUGUCACUCCAUACGCCUGCUGUCAGUCUGUAUUGUGUGUAUGUGUGUGUGUGUGUGUGUAUGUCAUAUUGCUGCCUCACCUACUUGCUCCUGAAGCGAUACCAAAAAUGGGAACGGACGGACGCCUGGCCGGCCGCUUUUGUUGUUUCCUCUUGUCAAGCCUGGAUGGGUGGGCGGAUGGAUGGAUGGUGUGUCUGUCUGGUUUGUGUUCUCUCUCUCUCUCUCUCUGGCUAGAGACUGCGUCGGCAGGAGCGGGGAAGGUGUCCGCCUGUCCGUUUGUCAGUCUGUCUGUCUGUGUUGGUUCUCUUGUACCAUACACCGUGUUAAGAUGAUUCACGCGUACCCACCCAUCCAUGCACAACAUGCAACACACGCAGGCAGACGUACACACACACACAGACACAUACCUUUCCAGCAUAUGCACAGACGUAUUUUGUCAAGGUGUUUGGAUAAUUGGUCGAUGUGCCACGUACCCCCGUGGGUGUGUGUGGAAGAAAGUGUGUGUGGGGUGAGUGAGUGGACGAAUGAAAAAGCGCCCUGCUGAUGUACCAUAGUAUUGCUGGCUGGCUCGCUACACGUGCCGAAUACACGGUCGCCGACGCAUGUCUGUCUGCCUGUCUGUCUGUCUGUGUCUGCGCAUGGCAUCUGGUGGAUAACGAACACACACACACACUCACUCCCUCCUGUGUGGAUCGAUCCACCUUGCAGUGACUGCUGGUGUCGUCGUCUUUUUCCCAUGAUGAGUGUGAUGAUGCACACACCACCACACCACACCACACCACACAGUCUGGCCGGCCACCCCCUCCCCCCUCCUCAUGUCUGUCUGUCUGUCUGCCUGUUCAUCUCUUCUAGCUAGUGCCUGCGUCCGUGCGUGUCGGCUGGCCGGUAGACGGACGGACUUCCUUCGUGUGUGCGCGGACACGUACCUAUCUACUCGGCUGGAAGAGAGACAGCAGCGGUCAGGACAGACACGACGGACAAGGGUUGUCUGCCAAAUGAGCGCAUACGAAGGAAGAAGUAAAGGACAGGAAGGAAAGCUGACUGACGUGGAUGGCUGGAUGGCUGGAUGGAUGAUGGCUGGUGGCGUAGCGUGCACAAUCGGACCUCAUCGAUCACAUACAGACCGGCCGAGCGACUCAAGUAAGUGUGCGGACGCGGUGUGAUGCUGCUGGUUGCUGGCUGAUACACACAGACACACAUACACACGUCCACUGGCAGAAAGAGAGACGGGCAGACCAGAGGCAAGGCAGGGGCCAAGCGGCGGAAUGGGACGACCUGUGCCCACCAGUUUUCGAUGAUACCAUGCCAUACCAUCAUAUGCAUGCUUUCUAGGUGUUGGUCAGUCAGCCAUCUAUCUCUCGACACAAGACCGGACGUUUCUCUUUCUUAAGAUAUGCAGAGUGCUGUUUCUUUCUUUCAAUACCUACCCGCACCGAGCCAGCCAACAGACCGACACACAGCCAGCCAGCCAGCCAGCUAGCUCUGUUUCUCUGUUUCUCUGUUUGUCAGUGCACUCACUCCAUGUAAGUAUAGCCAACCGAGUGUCUCAGCGGCUCAGGCGUCCACCCAUGCCGUCGUGUCAGUCAGUGAGUCAGCGAGGGGUAUUUUUGUGUGAUCGAUCGUAUCGCCAUACGCCAUGCGGUGCGGUGCGAUGCGAUGCGCCUCUCACCCAUCUGCUUCCUUCCCCUCUCCGUGGAUGUCGCCACGACCUCACACCUUUCCUCUCACACCUCACCUCUCUCUCCUCUUUCUUCCCGUAUGCGUCACUCUUUUUGCUUGCCGUGCCGUGCCAUGACAUACCACACAUUCACACGCACACGUGAGUGAUCGGUUGACGUUUUUUGUGCACACCAUGCAGCAAGUACCGUGGAGUGAGUACACACAGUACAGUCAGGGGACAAACGUGGCGAUCGCACUGCUAGGAACUCUGGUGUGACUAACCGUCGUAUGGUGGAGGGAUGGAUGGAUGGAUGGAUGAGGCAGUCAGUCAGCCAGCGAGGCAUGGAAGGGAGAGUCGUUGUGGUGUGUGCCCUGUCUGUGAGGUCCUUUCCAACGAAACCGACCACUCACUACGGGCGCGGCGGCAGCCAGCCAGCCGUAGGGGGUGGGUGGGCGAAGAGAGAGAGAGAGUGCUUAACAACCGACCGAUGGGUGUGGUGUCCGUGCUUGGUUUGUUGGUUUGUCGUUGCAUUCGUGUGUGCCUGCCUGCCUGCCUGCCUGCCUGCCUGCCAUGGGUGCCUGUGGUGUGUCGAUGUGAUGUGUGGCUGCGAUUUUGCUGUCGUUGUGAUGUAGGCAGUGUAGGCAGGAGGCAGGCGAUUGUUUGCUGCGAGGGAUGCAUUUGAGAUGGAUGGAUGGAUGGCACAGGCGCCAGCCGAAGCCAACCAGUGAGUCAGCCAGUCAGUCAGCCAGCCAGACGUGCACUGCAUGUACUGCUUGCCCCGCCCCCACGCCCGCCGCCCAUCGGGUGCAGUGCAAUCAGCUGCGGUGAGAAUCCCAGAAAGGGCCGAAAAGUCAGUCAUGAACACACGCAUGCAUUCAUGCAUCGCCUGUAAGACCUGUGCCCUGAACGCUCGCGCCGUC